AUGUCUUCAGGUUUAAAAACUCAAACAACUAUUGACAUCUUACACGAUCAUUCAGUGGAAUCAUCAUCAGAUCAUCUUUAUAUUUUAAAACAACAACAACAACAUCAACAUGAAGAUACAGACUCCCCAAAGAAAAAGAAAUUAAGACACCAAUGUGAAGAGACAUCACAAUAUAUAGUACCAUCAUUAAAUGAUGAAGUAGAUGACCUUGGCCAUCACCACCUCCACCAUCAUCAUGUAAAUAAUAUUAAUAACUCAUUACUAAAACAAGGUCUUUCAGCAUUAUCUUCAUUAUCAGCAUCAUCAACAUCAUCAAUUUCACCAUCCUCAUCACAGUCUUCAUCACCAUUAAAACAAUCAGAACGUUCUAUUGCUACAAGCAUUGACAGUAUGAAUGACAGUACUAGUAGCAGCAGCAGUAGCAACAAUAAUAAUAAUUUUUCAUCAGUUCCAUCACAUAAUAUUUAUACACCAUCUUGUCUUUUAUCAAAUCUCAAUAAUGACACUGAUUCUAUUAUUCCAAAUAUGAAUGGUAGUACUGAUGGUGAUGGUGGUGAUAUUAGAAGAGAAAAAGUUGAUGAAAAUGAUGAGGAAGUAUUAUGUAAUGAUAACCAUCUCUCAAAAGAUAAUGAACAAGAGGAUAAUAUGGUCUCAUUCUUAAAUGAAUCAAAUGAAGAAGUAAUUCAAACAAAUAACAACAACAAUAAUGAUAAUAAUAAUAGUAGUAAUAUAUGUAUAAAUAAUUUUUGUAAUAUUAAUAAUAACCAACAGCAACAACAACAACAACAACAACAACAACAAAAUAAUGUUAACUCUUCUAUCAUUUUAGAAGAUUCAAAUAAAGAAAACAAAACCGAAAGCAAUAAUAGUAAUAGUAAUAGUAAUAGUAGUCCAUCAUUUUUCCAUAAUCUUCAACAACAUCCAACAUCAGCAGCAACAACAACAACAACCACAACCACCACUAUAACUACUACUUCAGCAACAACAUCAAUAAUUAUUAAAGAAGAUAAUAGUGAUGAUGAAAUAGAUGAUGAAUGUGAUGAUGAAAGUGAAGAAGAGGAAGAGGAUGAAGAAGAAUUUAAUCCAUUUUUAUUUAUAAAACAAUUAGCAAAUGCAACCACUAUGCCACCACCAGUUGCAUUACCACCCAAGGAGCAUUCUUCACCAAAGAUUUCAUUGGUGUUGGAUUUAGAUGAAACUCUAGUUCAUUGUAGUACAGAACCAUUGGAACAACCACAUCUUACUUUCCCUGUUUUCUUUAAUAAUACAGAAUAUCAAGUAUUUGCUAAAAAGAGACCUUUCUUUGAAGAAUUCCUUCACAAAGUUUCAGAUAUCUUUGAAGUAAUUAUAUUCACUGCUUCUCAAGAGGUUUAUGCUAAUAAAUUAUUAAAUAUGAUUGAUCCAAAUAAUAAGAUAAAGUAUAGAUUAUAUCGUGAUUCAUGUGUUUAUGUUGAUGGAAAUUAUUUAAAAGAUCUUUCAGUUUUAGGUAGAGAUUUAAAACAAGUAGUAAUUAUUGAUAAUUCACCACAAUCAUUUGGAUUUCAAGUUGAUAAUGGCAUUCCAAUUGAAUCUUGGUUCGAGGAUGAAAAUGACAAAGAAUUACUUCAAUUGGUGCCAUUUUUAGAGUCAUUAACAAAUGUUGAAGAUGUUAGACCCCAUAUUAGAGAUAAAUUUAAACUUUAUCAAUUAAUUUCACAAGCUUAA